AUGAGAGCUUCAGCAUUUGAUAAUUUUUAUAAGGACCAGUUAAAUGAAUGCCUCCAAUCAACAGGCUCUGUUUGGGAGGAAGCAGUCAAGUACAAAUCACCAGAAGCUGCACAAAAAAUGGCCAAAUUAUUUGAAGACAUUAUUGAUCUACAACAAGAUUUUGAUUGCUAUAUGGCAGCUCGAGGAGGAUAUACAGAGGGAGACGACUAUGACAAUAUUUUACAACAAGCUAAGCAAUUUAAAGAUCAAAAUAGUUAUUCUUAUCAACGUUCUAAGCAACAGCUCAUUGAACAACAGAAAGAAAAGAUAAGAGCUUGCGAUGAUGACAUUGUCAUCGAAGAAUCAGCAAGUACUGUUGGUCUUCUUUGCCCAAUUACAAAUAAGAUUCCUACAAAUCCAGUUGUUUCUCGAAAAUGCCACCACGUUUACGAAAAGACUGCAAUCAUUGCAUAUAUUCAGUCAAGAUCAAUGGGUAGAAAUAUGUCCGCUCCAUGUCCAUUUGCAGGCUGCAAUCGUCAACUUUCUAUUGAUGAUUUAGUUGAAGAUCCUGAAGUUAAUAGAAGAUGUGAUGAAGCUCGUGACCAAGCUCAUAAAGAUGAUGAAUACGAAGCAAUCAAAUAA